AUGGCGUCAGAAACGUACCUCGUAACAGGCGGCUGCGGCUUCCUCGGGAGCCACAUCGUCGAGAAGCUCCUCCAAAAACACCCCUCCGCAACCAUCGCCGUCGUCUCCCGCAACCCCACCACCAACACCUUCCCGGGCGUCUCCUACCACGCCGGCGACGUCUCCUCGGCCGACGACGUGACGGCCGUCGUGCAGAAGGUCCGCCCGACCGUCGUCUUCCACUGCGCCGGCAUGAUGACCGUCGGGAGGAAGAUCAUGACGGACGAGUUCGUGAGGGCCAUCAACGUCGACGGGACGCGCAACGUGCUGGACGCGAGUAAACGGGCGGGCGUCAAGGCGUUCGUGACGACGAGCAGCGCGAGCGUCGUGCAGAAGGAUAUGUAUAGGGACAUCAAAGGCGGCGAUGAGAGUUUGCCGCUUGCGGAGGAGGGGGAUCCGACGCAGAUAUACCCCAAGACCAAGGCCGCCUCGGACAAGAUGACGCUCGAGUACGACGACCCGAACGGCAUGCGCACAUGCACCCUCCGCCCGGCCGUCGUCCACGGCGAGCGCGACAACGACAUCACGCCCGCGCUGAUCCGCAACCUCCGCCUCGGGCGGAACAAGGUCCAGCUGGGCGACAACUCGAACCUCUUCUCGACGACCUACGCCGGCAACGCGGCGGACGCGCACCUCGCCGCCGCCGCCAAGCUGCUGUCGUCGUCCCCGGACGGCGUGGCGGGCGAGGCCUUCUUCGUGACGAACGGCGAGCCGAUGCGGUUCUGGGACUUCAGCAGGGCGGUGUGGCGGGCGGCCGGGGACGCGACGAGGCCGGAGGAGGUGAGGGUCGUCGGGAUGGGGGUCGCGCUGGCGUACGCGUGGGCUCUGGAGUGGGUGUACUGGUUCCGAGGGGAGGUGCCGCCUUUGAAUCGGCAGAUUGUGAGGUUUUCGGGGAUGAGUAGGUGGUAUGUGAUUGAUAAGGCGAGGGAGAGGUUGGGGUGGGAGCCGGAGGUUGGGACGGAGGAAGGGAUUAGGAGGGCGGUUGUGUGGUUUUUGGAGAAUGAGAAGAGGCAGGCUGGGAAGACUGCUGCGUGA